AAAAACAACAACACACCCAAUAUAUUUCAGAGAGAUCUAGAGCUAGCUGCAAGGCACAGAUUUAUUUGCUGGAAUGGCCACUAAAGAGCAGAACCAAGAGCUCACAAUUGACGAUCUGAAGACAGAAAUGAAACUGACUGAUGAGCAGCUCAAUACAGCAAUACAGGAACCAGAUCUACCCGAGUUAGCAGCAUGUUUCGAUAACACUGAUGACUAUCUUGAAAAGCUGGAGCUGUCGCCUGGACAGAAAACUGACGUCAGCGAAGUGAAGGCUAAAACACGUCUAAACCGCACUCAAGCCGGAAUGAAACUUGCCCUAGAAUACUGGCAGAACAAGAACCAACUACAAGCCACCUUCCAAGCUCUGCUACUCAUCAUACUCUCCCUGCUCAAAGGAGCCGUUGCUGUUCAAGUGUGCAAGUACUUGUCUGACAAAUGUGAGUCUGUCAUGUGAGAGUGUGGUCAUUGU